GAGCUGCUGCUGUUAGCCGUUAGCUUAGCUCAACACGAACAGUAGAAACACCGAAGAAAACUGAUAAUUACGGCUUAACCAGUAUAUGGCUUAUUGCCCAGGGCGGCACUCCCUUCAGGAUCAACCCACUUAAUAAAAACAACACAUUGCGCUGAAGACAGAUUCUCCAUGAAUAUUUCCCUGCAGCACAUUCCUCCAGUGGACACAAUGCAUCAGCGGCCAAAGAUCCACAUCUUCCUCGGCGCUCCUCCUCCUCUUCCUCCUUCACCUAAGAUGGAGAAAGAGGAGGAGGAGGAAGAGCGUCCUGCAGGAUGGAGACACCUGGAGCUCACCUGGAGGGCGGGCCGUCUCCGACCCACUGCAGAUGUUCUUGGGAAUGAGGAUCAGAGUAAGGAGAAUGCAACAGAACCGGAACUGGGUUGGGCCACAGGGUCCGCUAGAGGACGAUCCGAUGGAGAUGGAGGACUGGCGUCUGAAGCUGGAGCUCUGAGGACAGAGGGAGACUCGGAUGGUUCUGGGGAGGAUCUGUGUUCUGCUUCAAUCCAGGAGUACCUGGACCGCUGUUUCCCUCUAGCUCAACAAGAACCAGAACCAAAGCAGCAGCCUCCGUCCACCAGAACCCAGUUCCUCAGCACCUGGACUCUCAGCCAGGCCCUGAUCCUGAGAAGAAGACAUGCCGUCCAAUCAGCACUCAGCCCAGACAAAGCCCCGCCCAUCCCAGACAAAGCCCCACCCAUCCCAGACAAACCCCCGCCCAUCACAGACAAAGCCCCGCCCAUCACAGACAAAGCUCUGCCCAUUCCCCCUGUCAGCCCCCUGUCCGGCUCCUCCAGCACCCCGGAGCUGUUCAGCCUGGCUGCCUCGUCUCUUGGAGACUCCAUGGAGCUGUUCAGCCACACCUGUCCGGCCUCCAGGGCGGAGCAAGGUGGGGUCAUCAUGGAGGUCACUGCAGACGGCGUCCUCUGCUCUCAGGAGUCUGAUCCCCAGAUGUCCCCCACAUCGCCGCCUUGCAGCAAGAAACCACGACCCUCAGAGGAGUCGACGUCUGCAGCACCAGAGAGCUCCACGUCCAUCACCCGUCUGAACAGGUGCGACCAGGUGGGACGCAGGUACUCUGUCCUGGUGGUGGUGGUCCACCCAUGCCAUCUGAAGGAGGUCCAGGUGCGGUCGGGUCCGUCAGCAGGAAGCCGCGUUCCUCUGGCCUCCAUGGUGGUGACGGACCAAUCAGGAGCAGAGAUGAAGGUGGUGCUGUGGAGGAGAGCGGCCUUCUGGGUUCUGACCGUGAGUCCUGGAGAGGUUCUGCUCAUCACAGGGCUGCAGGUGAGGGAGGACAGGUGGAGAGCAGAGACUGUCCUCCAGUCCACCUUCUCCAGCAAACUGCUGAACCUGGGACACGCCUCCACCUCACCGCCAGUUAGCCAGCAGGUUAGCGCCUGUGCUCUGCGUUCUCUGUGUGGUUUCGUCAGAGAGCGGCGCCCCCUGCUGUUGUCCCUCCCCAGCCGGCCCCAGCAGGAUCUGAACCGGCUCCCUUACGCCACCCUGAGGUCGCUGCGGGUCAACACGCUGGUUCACGCUCUGCUGCGAGUCACGCACUCUCACAUCAGCUCAGAGUGGAGAGACGAGGCCGAGUCUUGGAACCGCUCGGCGGUCCAGAUGAAGGCGGUUCUGGCGGUGCAGCAGCCGGGCGGCCAGCAGGGGGCGCUGCUACUGUGGGGGACAGCCAUGGACUGGCUGCCCCGCUUCAGCAAACACAAAGAUGCUGUGUGGGACUUCAGAGUUCUCCUGGUAAGGGAGGGUUUGACCUCCGACCUCACAGAGCUGCACUCCACCCCCUGGAGCUCGGUCCGGGCUCUGGACCCGACAGACCGCCGGGCGCUGGACUUCCUGCGGGCGUGGCGCCGUCCAGGGCCGAGCGGCACGGCUCUGGAGCUGGACGUGGACACGCUGUUGUCCCAGAAGUACAGCGGUGAGGUGGAGCUCAGAGUCCAGGUGCUCAGCUUCCAGUUCCAGGAAGCUCCGCCCUCCCAGAACCCAGCACAGCCGGUUCUGGACGGCUCCACGCCGCGGGCCGGCCUCCUGGCGGCACUGAGCGGUGACAUCACCUACACCGGCUGUGGCCGCUGCGCCGCCGAGCUGGACACGGACCGCAACGGGAUCUACACGCCGUGCUACGCCUGCCUGCCGCUCACCGCCCUGCGCCGCUUCUACAGGCCAGGUGUGCUGACGGUGAGUGGGCGGGGCUCCCCCCACCUGACGGUCCGGGUUCCUCCGGUUCCUCUGCAGAAAAUCCUCCAAGCUCCUCCGGACCGACUACAGCGCAGCGCAGCUCCAGGUUCUCAGGUGAGACACGUCCAGGUGGCGGCGGAGAAGCUGCAGGCGCUGCUGGCUCUUCCCAGGAAGUGGGUGGUCAUCACGGUGCGGAGCCACUUCCUGUGCGACCAGAACAGCGUCCCCCUCAGUCAGGACUUCACUCUGCUGGACCUUCAGGUUCCGACCCAGUGAAGAACCCACCUGGUGGGCGGAGCUUACAGGCUCCUCCAGGUGUGUGGACUGGACCUGCUGCUGGCAGGUCACAUGACCCAUCAGUUUAUUAUUGUUACUAUGUCUGUAUUAAAUUAUUUUAACUGACC